AUGGCCACGUUCCUAGGGCAUGUCCUCCCGGGGCUGGUCUUUCUCCUGUUCGGACUCUACCAUGCCCUGCUUGCAUCCCGGGCAAUGCUGAGGGGCCAGCGGCUCUUGACGCCCCCGCGCCCUCCCCGCAGCCAGACGGGGGCAAGUUGGCUGCAGCGGGUGCCAGCCGAGGGCCUGUUUAAGGCCCUCUGCAGCAUGACCUUCAUCCUGACCGAGUUCUUCUAUCCUCCCGGAGCCAACCGCCUGCAGCUUCUGGACUGGGAAGACCCGGCUCGGCCGUUCCUGCAUCAGGACGAAUGGCAGCACUUCACCAUGUACGCCUUCUUCAUGGUCAGCGGCUGGGUGGACGUGCUGAGCCAGACCUGGCCGGCGCGGCGGCGCGAGGGGGUGGAGCGGGUGGCCCUGGCCCUGGCUUUCCACGUGCUGACCUUGCUGCUGCUCUCCCACUCCCAGGGUAAGAACGCUUUGGAGAGCCAGGUUCACGGCUUGGCGCUGCUGCCCGCCGGCCUCCUGAGCCUGGUACUGACCCUGGAGAUCUGGGCUCCCGACCAGCCCCGGCUCUGGAUUGCUAGAUCCUGGCUCGUCAUGGUGCUCGGCUCCUGGCUGCUCCAGACGGGCUUCGUGCUCUACCGCCCGCCUUCCGGGCGGCCCUGGCAAACCGACAACCCCUCUGAACUCAUGUUUCUCACCACUUUUUUUUGCUGGCACCUGGCACUGUGUGCCUCCCUCCUGACGGCUGUUUACGUCCUCUGCGCCCUCUGGCACCACCACCCUCCAGCCUGGUCCGGGGAAAAGGGGGGCAGCUACCAGCUCUGUCCCGGGGGCCCCCAUGACGAGGAGUUCCAGAAGUUCAAGGAUGAGGCUGGUUUGCCAGAAAAGGGGGUUUAG